AGCCGAGAAUAAUCGCCAUGUAAGUAAUCUAUCUUCGAUCCCGAAAGACAUCUUCUGUCCAGCCAUGUCGCAAGGCUCAGGACCAGCCCCCCAUCCGAGCUGCAAAGUCAUCCUCGCAGGCACCAUCGCGAAGGGGCUUCUUGCGGAAGUCCAGGCCGGUCUGAAGGAACUCGAUCGUAAGCCACAUCUGCUCGGGAUAUUGGCGAACAAUGAUCCCGCCGCGAGAGUCUAUGCAGACUGGACAGAGAAGACGUGCCGUGAGAAUGGCUUCUCGUACACCCUCCAAGAAGCGGCCAAAGACUCAGUCGAAGAGGUAGUGCUGGCGGCCAACGCUAAUCCGGCCUACGACGGCAUCAUAAUAUACUACCCCAUCUUCAACAAUCGCGGCCAAGACCAGUACAUCCAGAAUAUCGUGGCCCUUUCCAAAGACGUGGAGGGGCUCAGUCACCAAUACAUAUUCAACAUGUAUCAGAACAUCCGGUUCUUGGACGAGGCCCAGAUGAUGAAAAGCAUCUUGCCGUGCACUCCGCUGGCGGUGAUCAAAAUCCUGGAGUACCUGCACAUUUACAACACGAUCUUGCCCUACGGCAACAGACUGUUCGGCCGCACAAUCUGCGUGGUCAAUCGCAGCGAAGUCGUCGGCCGUCCGCUCGCCGCUUUGCUCGCCAACGACGGCGCGUGUGUGUAUUCCGUCGACGUCACGGGCGUGCAGCAGUUCACCCGUGGCGAAGGCAUCCGCAAGCGGAAACACGAGGUGGUGGAGAAGGAAGGGUGGACCAUCGAGAAUUGUGCUCCCUUGUGCGACGUCGUCGUCACAGGAGUGCCCGGCGACGCCUACAAAUUCCCGUGCCACUUGUUGAAGGAAGGGGCUGUGUGUAUCAAUUUCGCGAGCGACAAGAACUUCCCUCCCGAGGUCAAAGAAAAGGCGUCCAUCUACGUCCCCGCGAUCGGCAAAGUCACCAUCGUCGUCCUCCUGCGCAACCUGCUGCGUAUCGUGCAGAAUCGCCAGGCGCACUUGAAGACCGAGCACCAAUCCCAGCUUCGGGCCUCGGCCCACGGAAACUCGACGGGAGCAGAGGCCAACACCACCGCCGGAGACGGACAGAAACCGGAAGCGGCACCGAACUGUGUUGCGAGGUAACUAACUCGGUGCGCUAGAGCUUGAACCGUCGUGGUGCGUUCCGCCGAUGGCCAUCUGCCAUCUCAGUGUGGCGAUGCGCUGUAUCGGGGAAACGACUCGAUGUCUCGAUGUGCGUUCUCGGAAGCGCACCGCUGUUUUCCAGCUCCAAUAAUCGGAGAGCAACGUCGAUUUCCAAAUAUUUCCCUCUGCUCUGCAUUUCAUGGCAGGAGACGAUAUACCGGGAUUUCCAAGUUCAUGCAUUGAGAAACAGGAGACACACUCGCAUCUGUCCGGUUGCUCAAGCGCAAAAGGAACAUUGUCUACGAAGGAACGUAUACCGCAUCUAAGAGUUACAGGCCUCUCCUUCACGAAGGGUGGGAAUAUCCAAGAAUAAAGUGGUGCGCAAGGGAAACUGGUCUUGCCAAUCGUCCUUUCAGAAUAAGGACCCAAAUACUCAGCGUCACAUCGAUUGCCUUCAGUGAUUCUGCCCUUGGAUGCGACUGGCUAUGCAUCAUUCGGACCGCCCUAGGUCCUCUUCAAACGAUGAUAUGGCCAAUGCGACGACCAGUCGUCAAUAGAAGAGUCUACGCGAUGAACAAUAAACAGAAUUACCUUCUAAACAUAGCGGUACACACGUUUUCCACUUGGUCCCGUGGAUGUUACCAAUGUCUAACAGCAUCGAAGGGUCAUGGACAUCGUCAUUCGUAAGCAGCUGCUGCAUCGCCACGCGCCGUCGACUGGCGCAAGAAAACACGAUUAGGGUGACCAUGAUUCUCCCGUCCGCGAGAAACAGCUUGCAGUCCAUCCACCCCUUGGAAUUGUUUGCAUACCAUGCAACUGAAGUAUAUGAUCCAGAAUGGAC